CAUGCGCAGCGGAGCUUCUCUGCAGAGGUGAAUUUUUUAUUGGUCCCCACCCUUUAAACGCAGCCUAUAUUUAUUAUUGUACUUAUUACAGCUGACCUGGUUGUGGCUGCUUGUGGUACUCCAGGAUUCUGCUCUUCGUGGAUGUGGGGAUGACAGUGGGAGACAUCCUUCCCUGCCAAUACCUGGCUCCAUCCCUGCAGCUGUGGGGUUGAAAAUUCUCCUUUUUCCCGUAAGCUCUCCCCCUAGUUCUUUAAAUUACAUGAUAUUAGAACUUUUUAAUAAGCAAUCCAUGCACUUGAGAAGAAAUUCAACCCCUCUUUUAUUAAGUUCCGGGAUACCUGUGAACAGCCCCUCCCCCCCCUUUUUUUUUUUGAGACAGCCUUAUUCUUAGUCGCACAGGCUGGAGUGCAGUGGCGUGAUCUCGGCUCACUGCAACCUCCGCCUCUCGGGUUCAAGCGGUUCUCCUGCCUCAGCCUCCCAAGUAGCUGGGAUUUCAGGCAUUCACCACCACACCGGGCUAAUUUUUUUAUUUUUAGUAAAAAUGGGGUUUCUCCAUGUUGGGUAGGCUGGUCUCGAACUCCUGACGUCAGGUGAUUUGCCUUCCUGGGCCUCCCAAAGUGCUGGGAUUACAGGCGUGAUCCACCGCACCCAGUCUAACCCCUCUUUAAUUUUUUAAAUUUUUAAAAAAUUUUUUGAGACGGAAUCUCGCUCUGUCGCCAGGCUGGAGUGCAGUGGCGCGAUCUCAGCUAACUGCAACCUCCGCCUCUCGCCUAACCCCUCUUUUAAUGAAAACCUUUCCAUUACAUCUCUGAAAUGCUCCCACUUUGCAAGGGAAAAACGCCUGCGAAGCGCCCAAUGGGAAACGCAACACGUAGUAGCUAAAACGGCGCUCUUUACUUUGUGCACCUGAACACUGCACACCGAGGGCGACCACCGCCCCCGAGAUGCCCAGCUUGUAUCCUAGAGCGCCGCACCGGCGCCGAAUGGGUUAACGGGGUGGGGGGCACACGCCUCCGUGCGCUUGCGCGGCGUCCCUUCGCCCCUCCUCCGCAGCGCAGUCACAUGACCCACCCAACCGGCGUCCGCCUAUAAAAAGCUGAGUGUUGACGUCAGCGUUCUCUUCCGCCGUCGUCGCCGCCAUCCUCGGCGCGACUCGCUUCUUUCGGUUCUACCUGGGAGAAUCCACCGCCAUCCGCCACCAUGGUGAACUUCACGGUAGACCAGAUCCGCGCCAUCAUGGACAAGAAGGCCAACAUCCGCAACAUGUCUGUCAUCGCCCACGUGGAUCACGGCAAGUCCACGCUGACAGACUCCCUGGUGUGCAAGGCGGGCAUCAUCGCCUCGGCCCGGGCCGGGGAGACACGCUUCACUGAUACCCGGAAGGACGAGCAGGAGCGUUGCAUCACUAUCAAGUCAACUGCCAUCUCCCUCUUCUACGAGCUCUCGGAGAAUGACUUGAACUUCAUCAAGCAGAGCAAGGAUGGUGCCGGCUUCCUCAUCAACCUCAUUGAUUCCCCCGGGCAUGUCGACUUCUCCUCAGAGGUGACAGCUGCCCUCCGAGUCACCGAUGGCGCAUUGGUGGUGGUAGACUGCGUGUCAGGCGUGUGUGUGCAGACGGAGACAGUGCUGCGGCAGGCCAUUGCCGAGCGCAUCAAGCCUGUGCUGAUGAUGAACAAGAUGGACCGCGCUCUGCUGGAGCUGCAGCUGGAGCCCGAGGAGCUCUACCAGACUUUCCAGCGCAUCGUGGAGAAUGUGAACGUCAUCAUUUCCACCUACGGCGAGGGCGAGAGCGGCCCCAUGGGCAACAUCAUGAUCGAUCCUGUCCUUGGUACCGUGGGCUUCGGGUCUGGCCUCCACGGGUGGGCCUUCACCCUGAAGCAGUUUGCCGAGAUGUACGUGGCCAAGUUUGCCGCCAAGGGGGAGGGCCAGUUGGGGCCUGCCGAGCGGGCCAAGAAAGUAGAGGACAUGAUGAAGAAGCUGUGGGGUGACAGGUACUUUGACCCAGCCAAUGGCAAGUUCAGCAAGUCAGCCACCAGCCCCGAAGGGAAGAAACUGCCACGCACCUUCUGCCAGCUGAUCCUUGACCCCAUUUUCAAGGUGUUUGAUGCGAUCAUGAACUUCAAGAAAGAGGAGACAGCAAAGCUGAUAGAGAAACUGGACAUCAAACUGGACAGCGAGGACAAGGACAAAGAAGGCAAACCCCUGCUGAAGGCUGUGAUGCGCCGCUGGCUGCCCGCUGGAGACGCCUUGUUGCAGAUGAUCACCAUCCACCUGCCCUCCCCUGUGACGGCCCAGAAGUACCGCUGCGAGCUCCUGUACGAGGGGCCCCCGGACGACGAGGCUGCCAUGGGUAUUAAAAGCUGUGACCCCAAAGGCCCCCUUAUGAUGUAUAUUUCCAAAAUGGUGCCAACCUCCGACAAAGGUCGGUUCUACGCCUUUGGACGAGUCUUCUCAGGGCUGGUCUCUACCGGCCUGAAGGUCAGGAUCAUGGGGCCCAACUAUACCCCCGGGAAGAAGGAGGACCUCUACCUGAAGCCAAUCCAGAGAACAAUCUUGAUGAUGGGCCGCUACGUGGAGCCCAUCGAGGACGUGCCUUGUGGGAACAUUGUGGGCCUGGUGGGCGUGGACCAGUUCCUGGUGAAGACGGGCACCAUCACCACCUUCGAGCACGCGCACAACAUGCGGGUGAUGAAGUUCAGCGUUAGCCCUGUUGUCAGAGUGGCUGUGGAGGCCAAGAACCCAGCCGACCUGCCCAAGCUGGUGGAGGGGCUGAAGCGGCUGGCCAAGUCCGACCCCAUGGUGCAGUGCAUCAUCGAGGAGUCGGGAGAGCACAUCAUCGCUGGCGCCGGCGAGCUGCACCUGGAGAUCUGCCUGAAGGACCUGGAGGAGGACCAUGCCUGCAUCCCCAUCAAGAAAUCUGACCCAGUCGUUUCGUACCGCGAGACGGUCAGUGAAGAGUCGAACGUACUCUGCCUCUCCAAGUCCCCCAACAAGCACAACCGGCUGUACAUGAAGGCGCGGCCUUUCCCUGACGGCCUGGCCGAGGACAUCGAUAAAGGCGAGGUGUCCGCCCGCCAGGAGCUCAAGCAGCGGGCGCGCUACCUGGCCGAGAAGUACGAGUGGGACGUGGCUGAGGCCCGCAAGAUCUGGUGCUUUGGGCCCGACGGCACUGGCCCCAACAUCCUCACCGACAUCACCAAGGGUGUGCAGUACCUCAACGAGAUCAAGGACAGUGUGGUGGCCGGCUUCCAGUGGGCCACCAAGGAGGGUGCCCUGUGUGAGGAGAAUAUGCGGGGUGUGCGCUUCGAUGUCCACGACGUGACCCUGCACGCCGACGCCAUCCACCGUGGGGGUGGCCAGAUCAUCCCCACAGCGCGGCGCUGCCUCUAUGCCAGUGUGCUGACCGCCCAGCCGCGCCUCAUGGAGCCCAUCUACCUUGUGGAGAUCCAGUGUCCAGAGCAAGUGGUCGGUGGCAUCUACGGGGUUUUGAACAGGAAGCGGGGCCACGUGUUUGAGGAGUCCCAGGUGGCCGGCACCCCCAUGUUUGUUGUCAAGGCCUAUCUGCCCGUCAACGAGUCCUUUGGCUUCACCGCUGACCUGAGGUCCAACACGGGCGGCCAGGCCUUCCCCCAGUGUGUGUUCGACCACUGGCAGAUCCUGCCCGGAGACCCCUUCGACAACAGCAGCCGCCCCAGCCAGGUGGUGGCGGAGACCCGCAAGCGCAAGGGCCUGAAGGAAGGCAUCCCGGCCCUGGACAACUUCCUGGACAAAUUGUAGGCAGCCCUUCGUGCAGAGCCUGCCGCCCCAGGGACUCGCAGCACCCACAGCACCACGUUCUUGCAUCCUCAGAUGACACCUGGAGACUGUCCCGACACAGCGACGCUCCCCUGAGAGGUUUCUGGGGCCUGCUGCGUGCCAUCACUCAACCUUAACACUUGAUGCCGUUUCUUUCGAUAUUUAUUUCCAGAGUCCAAAGGCAGCAGACACGCCCUCUUAAGCAGGGACUUACUGGGCCGGUUGGGGAGGGGGAGGCGGGAUGGGACACCGAACACUUUUUCCAUUUUUUUCAGAGGGAAACUCAGAUGUCCAAACAAAUUUUAACAAACGCAUUAAGAAGUUUAUUUGGGUACAUGGCCUGUAGUGGCUUUUGCCCCAGAAAGGGGAAAGGAACAUGUGGGUAGAUGAUUUCUAGCAGGCAGGAAGUCCUGUGCAGUGUCACCAUGAGCACCUCCAGCUGUACUAGUGCCAUUGGAAUAAUAAAUUUGAUAAGGUGGUGA